GAUGGCAGCAACGGAGGAUGCGGGCGGCAGAGAGCAGGGGGUGACGCGUGACUCGCUGUGCAGUAUAGUUAUCUGUAAUGACGCCUCCCUACGGAGCCAGCCCGUCAUUUACAACCCAGACUUCUUUGUGGAAAAGCUUCGGCACGAGAAUCCGGAAGUGUUUACCGAGCUGGUGGUCAGCAACAUCACAAGGCUGCUGGACCUGCCCGGCACAGAUCUUGCCGAGCUCAUGGGAGAAGUGGAACCGAAACUUCCCGGACCUAACGCUACAGCCGCUAACUUCUUCAAGUCGCUCAACUUUCUUAAGCGUAAAGAGAAAGGCAUCGUCUUUGGAGCACCACUGACAGAAGAAGGCAUUGCACAGAUAUACCAGCUCAUCGAGUAUCUGCACAAAAAUCUCCGCACUGAAGGCUUGUUUCGAAUCCCCGGGAACAGCAAUCGUCUGCAGAUCCUUAAAGACUCUCUCAAUAGUGGAACGGACAUUGAUGUGGAUUCCGGGGAGUUUCACCCCAAUGAUGUGGCCACGUUACUUAAAAUGUUUCUGGGUGAAUUGCCCGAACCCUUGCUGACACACCGCCAUUACCAGGCUCAUUUAAAGAUUGCAGAUCUAAUGCUUCUUGAUGACAAGGGUAACCGGACGGGGGCACCUGAUAAGGAGCGACAAAUGGAGGCUCUGCAACUUCUGUUUUUACUUCUCCCGUCCUCCAACAGGAAUCUUCUCAAACUGCUACUGGAUCUCCUGUACCAAACGGCCAAAAAACAGGACCGCAACAAGAUGUCCGCCCACAACCUGGCGCUGAUGUUUGCCCCACACAUCGUAUGGCCCAAGAAUGUCACUGCAAAUGAUUUGCAAGAACAUAUAAUAAAGCUGACCAACGGAGUCACCUUCAUGAUUAAACACUCUCAAAAACUUUUUAAGGCUCCUGCUUAUAUACGGGAAUAUGCACGGCUGUACUUCAGCGGCAGCAAAACCCCCGCCUCCAAGGAUGAUCUGGAGCUAUUGUCUUCUGAAACCCGCAACGAGUUUCCGUUUGUAAAGAGCCAGAAAAGAAGCCGGUUCGGAUCAUCGCCCUCAUCCUCCACAUCUCAGCAGGAACUGACGCAGCGGCGCACAGAGGAAGCCUUAAGAGAAUUGUUUCAACACGUCCACAAUAUGCCAGAUUCUGCCAAGAAGAAAAAGCUCAUCCGGCAGUUCAAUAAACAUAAUCCAGGAACACCCGACCUGAGCAGCACGAAGAACCAUGUCCGCUCGCGCUCCUUCAGCGGGAUGAUUAAGCGUAAAGUCUUGGGCGGACAGGUGGUGUCCGAGAAGAAGAGGACGGUGACCCCAAUGUCCUCACAAGGAUCAGAGUACGUCAAGGAAAAUGUGAAAUAUGUGUCCCAAGAAUCUCCUGCAGUUUAUUUUACAAAAGCCAAAUUAAAGCUUACCGAGCACACUCAUGGCAAGAAAGAGGCACCCAGUAAGGUAAAACGGGCACAUCUCUUGUCUACGCAAGAAACCUCCAUUUAAAGAAUCGGAGCGUAUUGGACUCUAUUGGAACUUUUUUCUCUUUUUGAAUUUUUUUUUUUUUUUUUUUUUAACGAACCUGUGGACAACUGUUACAAAGCUGUGACCUAACCGUUCCUGUGCAGACUCUUAUAUGGCGGUAUAUUAAUGUUAUGAACUGUUUUUAUUACUAUUUUAACACAGAGUCUUUAACCAGCAAGCAGUUCUUUGCAUACUAAGACUUUUGAUAUAUGCACGUGUUGUGGUUAUUAAUACAAUGUUCCUGUUAUUGGGGAGGGUUCUUAUAGUUCUUCACUGUGGUUACAAUUCUUCAGAUUUAUCAAUGUAGUGGCUAAAGGAAGCUGUUUAAGAUGACAAAAACAUGGCUGGGUUUUUUCCAGAUGCGACUCCUCUUCUCCAUGGGCGAUGUCUGGUAUUGCAGCUCAGCCCCAUUCAACUGAAGGUGUAAUACCAGGCGCAACCCACAUACAGGGGUGGCGCUGUCAGUGUUUUAAUUCUCUGCCUCUAGUUAUGCUUCUCAGGUUCUGUGUAUUGAUGACGACGCUG